AUAAAUUUGACCAAACCCUUAAGAUCUAAUUUUCUCUGUUUGAUUUGUCCUCUCAACAAUGGCGGCUUCAUCAUCUUCGUCUUCCUCCGACGUCUCCUCUGAUUCUUCAGACUCUCAUCGUCGCCGUAAGGAUCGCCGUCAUCAUCGUAGAAACGAUCGAGACAGAGACUCGCUCAAAGUACGGAAAAAGAGCCGAUCCACCUCGAAAAAACGCCGUAGACGCCAACACUCCUCCGAUUCCUCUGAUUCUUCUUACUCCGAUUCCUCCAGUGAGAGCUCAGAUAGUGAGCAUGAGAAGUCACGAAGGCACAAGAAGCAUGAAAAGCCAAAGAAGGCUAAGGAUAAGGAACGAAGCAAGAGUCAUCGUCAUAAACGGCAUAAGAACAGAGAAAGAAAGAAAGGGGAAGGAGAAGGAAGUAGCGGGCCUGUAAAACUAUCAAAGUUUUUGAACCGCGACAAAGACGAUGGUGAACGUAGAAGUGCUGUUUCAGGGAAAAAAAUUCUGCUGAAGGUUGACAAGUCCAAAGAGGACAAAGCUGCAGAGAGCAAAAGAAAUGAACUGCUUAAGUUCUUAAACGCAAGUUUCGACUAGUAUUUUUCGCUUUUGUCUCGAUGACAGAAUCUCAACAACAAGAAGAAUGUAAGAUGGUAUUUGAUUAGAUUCUAGUUUCCGUAUCUGUUUGGUGAUUCAGAUCCUUGUUUUGUUUUUCCAGAGGACUAAUCCUGUCAUGGAUUUGUUUUACUUCUAUUUUCUUGUUUAGUCUUAAAGUUUGUGUUAUCGCACACUGUUCUUCUUGGAAACCCGAGAAAUGGUUACUGAGAUUUUAUCCGUGCGUACAUUAAAACCAUUUCCAACUUGCAAGAUUCAGUAUGGAACUUUCGAGCCAUCUCCUGUUACCAUGGAGCUGUGUUCCAAUGUUGUUGGAUUACAUCCACUUGUGC